UACGUACGAAGAAAAGAGAAGCACAGAAAGCAACUUUCAUGUGGCCCAUUUCUUGUCAAAUCAAUUGAUAUGAUUUAAUCUCCCAUUUUCUCCUGUUCCUUUAACCUUUGUAUACUCUUUUCAAUAGUUGCCUCAUUUUUUUGCUACAAAAAUAGAUCAAUCACAAUCCAUUUACAAGAAUUCUACUUGAAAAAAAAAAAUGUCUAAUUUUGAUAGAGGCAAAGAAUUGGUUGAGGGAUCAUCAAGAUCCCCAGGCGAUCUACCCGCCACGCUAAGUCGAUACGAGUCUCAGAAGCGUCGUGAUUGGAACACGUUUGGUCAGUACUUGAGGAAUCAAAGGCCACCCGUUUCCAUAUCCCAAUGCAAUAGCAACCACGUGCUCGAGUUCCUCCGGUACUUGGACCAGUUCGGAAAGACUAAAGUUCACUUGCAAGGUUGCAUCUUUUAUGGUCAACCCGAGCCCCCGGCUCCCUGUACUUGUCCGUUGAGACAAGCCUGGGGGAGCCUGGAUGCUCUCAUCGGGCGGCUCAGAGCCGCCUAUGAGGAGAACGGAGGAUCCCCCGAGACAAACCCCUUUGCGAGCGGCGCGAUUCGGGUGUAUCUAAGGGAAGUGAAAGAGUGUCAAGCAAAAGCAAGAGGAAUUCCGUACAAGAAGAAAAAGAAGAAGGUUGGAGCAAGUGAGAGCAAAGGAGAUGAUGAUCAUUCCACCUCUUCUCACCCAUUUUCUUGAUCCAAAAAUGGUAAUUGCUGAAAACUUGAGGGAUGUGCUAUAUAUAAUAUAGCUCUGGAAAAAUUAUGUCACAUAUUAAUUAUUAAGUCACCAUUUGGUUUAUAAGUGCCUUGAUGAUUCCUUUUUUCUGCUAAUUAAUUAAUUAAUUAGUAGUCAUGUUCAAUCAAUGGCCUUUUCUUUAAAUUAUAUUACUAGUAAGUACUCUCCUACUGUUCUUUCCAAUUAUAUAUUUCUUUGCUGUUUGUGAAUCCUGAAUUAGUUCUUGUAAGAUAAUCAUUAUAAACUCUUUUUGUACAAGUGAGUUGAAUUUCCAUUUUCCAGUGAAGCUUCAUUAAUCUAUCAGUUUUGAAUCGAAA